AUGAGGAGUAAUGAUCUUCUUAGACAAGUUCUUACAAGUGCUAAACAAUAUGUAGGACAACCUAUUCAAUGUUGGAUACCAGCACAAUUUACAGGAGCUUGGGAACAAUAUUCAGAAAAUUAUUGUUUUGUACAAAAUACAUAUUUUCUUCCAUUACAUCAUUAUAUUCCAGCAGAUGUUCAACAGAGAGAAGAUCGAGAAAUUGGUUAUUAUCAAUGGGUGCCAUUUGUAUUAGGACUUCAAGCUAUUGCUUUUUAUCUUCCAUCAUUAUUAUGGAGAAUUCUUAAUUGGCAAUCAGGUGUUUCUGUUAAAGGUAUUGUUAAUAUGUGUCAAGAUGUUAAUAAUAUGUAUAUUGAUAAAAGAAAAAAUUCUGUUGAAGUAGUUGCUUCUCAUUUAUCUGAUUCACUUCGUACUCAACAAGUUUUAGAACGUAAAGGAUUUUUAUCACCAUUACUAAGAAAAGGAAACUAUUUAACAUAUUUAUAUAUAUUUGUUAAAUUUUUAUAUUUUUUACAAGUUUUAAGUCAAUUUGUUAUUUUAAAUAAUUUUCUUAGUACCUCAUAUACAUUUUGGGGUUUUGAAAUACUUCGUGAUUUAGCUUAUGGAAGAGAAUGGCAAGAAUCAGGUCAUUUUCCUCGUGUAACUAUGUGUGAUUUUGAAGUUAGAGCACUUGGUAAUAAGCAUAGACAUACUGUACAAUGUGUCUUAAUGAUUAAUAUGUUUAAUGAAAAAGUUUACCUUUUUAUAUGGUGGUGGCUUCUUAUUGUUGCUAUUGCUACUUUAUCUUCUCUUAUUUAUUGGAUUAUAAUUAGUUUCUCUCCAAAACAAGGAGAAGCAUUCAUUUCACAAUAUUUGCGUGUCAAUAAUCUUAUUAAAGGAAAUGAUGAUCCAAGUGAAGAACAUGCUAUAGGUAAAUUUGUUCACAAAGAAAUGAAAAGAGAUGGAAUAUUUUUGCUGCGUAUUAUAUCAGCAAAUGCUGGAGAUCUCAUUUCAACGGACCUUAUAUAUAAAUUAUGGGAAAAUUUUUUAAGAAAAGAAGCUGCCAAUAGAAUGAUUCCUUCUGCUCCAAUAAAAUUAGAUGACAAUGAUUUUCCUUCAGAAAAAACACCUCUUGCGUGA